UGUACCCAGCAUGUACGGGCAACAACAACAACAUCAAAACAUUACAUGUCCAUUAUUUAAAACAGUUUCCACUAGUUAACCUUAGAUUAUAAGUCAAAGGCAAUCAAAGAUGGCUUUUCAACCACCAAAUACAGGACAAGAGAGACAAAAUCGUAAGAUCCUGGAGCAACUAGAGGAGCAGAAGAAGAGACUGCGCAUGGGUGGCUCUGCAGCGCCAAGUACCCCACCAGUCCUGGGUUUGUCUCCAACACCUGGAGCCCCGGCACCUUCUAUCGCCUCCCAGACAAUGGUGUUACCAGAAACACAGCCUAUGAAUCCAGAACAGAGGAAAGCUUUGCAGCAUGCAAAUGCGAACUCUUUCGGCUAUUUCAUCACACAAGAUUCGUCCUUUGGAAACCUAAUUCUGCCAGUACUUCCAAGAUUUGAUGGUCCAAAGACAUGAUAAUGUGCCAGUGCAAUAGCUGUUAAUAUUGCAUGAAAUAAGCUACGUCAUGCGAGAUGGGUCUAAGGACAUGUGGCCAGCAUAGCUCCAGACAAGCCUGUUACUGCUGUCUUGUAGUUAGCUAUGCUGUUUGUCAUAAAGUCCAGGAAGGUUUUGGGGUCUCACAAGCGGACAUUUUGCCUUCUGGUCAGAGUGUACGAAUGCAGAGGAAUAUCUGGAGCUAUAUGGGUUGGAUAUGUCUUAAGACCCAUUUUUGCACGACGUUGCUCAAAUGAUCUUUCUAGGGACUCAGCCUACAUGAUGAGAACCACAGCUGAUAUGAUUUGGGCAUCAGUAUUUUGCAUCUACAUUGGAUGUUAAUUACGAAGAAACUGAUGUGUCAUUUUUUGUCAGAUUAAUUUGUUAUACUUGCUUUAGAAGGGCCAAUAACACUUAACCUACUUACUAAGUGUAAGAAAUGUUAGAAAUAGGAAUCGCUCAUUUGGCUUUAACAAGGAAAUGGCCCUAACAAGAAUUGUGUUCAAAUUAUUGCUUUUUUUGUCACUUUGUCUCCUUAAUAGUCUUCUUUAAAUACACAAAAAAUACACAAAGCUUUAUUUAUUCAGAUCCAUUUAUUCAAGUUCAAUCUAAAAGCUAGGACAUCCCUAUAUUGCAUUUAUGUUUUUUUCUAGCACAUUUAUUCAUUAAAGUUAACGUGAUUGUGUUUUCAUUGUUAAUUGCAUAAAAAGAAUCUUGUUGGAGCCGUUUUGUAUAGGGUUUUUUGGCAAAUUGAUUUGACGUCGACUUAAAAGCUAUAUAGAUUUAACAGCAGGCUAAGGGCAUUGUCUUUAAUUACACUUGGCAAAUUUAAAAAUAAAAAAGCAUACAUGCCAUAAUUUUUUAGGGCCAAAGCGGGACAUUACAUAAAAAAUUGUCGGGACAUUUGACCAAAAAGCGGGACACCUAAAACGAUCUAUCAUUUCACCUUUACUGUAGUCAGUAUAGGUUACAAUACACUAAAUGAUCGCUUCAUGUAGGGCUGUACUCUCUAAAAAAAUAUCAUAGUUGACAGGAAGGCAUGUUUUACACUUUUUACCAUUAUUCGGGUGUUAUCUUGCGGAGAUAAUGGUAGGGCAUGAAUAGGUGUUCACUACUGAAUCCUGAAAUAUGAUACACGUGAAGACUAUAGUAAACCAUUGCACUAGAAAAGGUUACAUUCCACUAAGAAACGGCCGAAAAAAAAAGUUGCAAAAACAGUCGAUUUUGAUUUGUGUCAAGUUCUUUCUUGCAUUGUACAUGACAUAUCUUUUUUAUUGCAUAAAUCGAUUCCGCUUAGAAUGGCCUUUAAGAAAAGGUAUGGUUAUGGGGGUCUCUAUGUGCAAAAUGUUGCAUUUAUUUUCGCUCAAAGUUGUCGCUUUUACAUUGAAUUAUAUAGGGAAACUAUUUAGUGUAUUAUGACCUAAAGUACUAACAAAUACUCUUGAUACUUUUAUUCAAGACAUAAAACAUCUGAUAUGAAGCAUGGAAUCUAAAACAUAACAAUAACAGUUUGAUAAAAUAAUACAAUAGCAAACAACGAGGAUAAUAUUCAUCUGUUUAGAGUACAAAAUCUAGCACAUUACGACAACACUACUCAUUAUAUUAAUUUCAAUGGCAAACAUUAACGCAGGGGAGGCUAUGGAACUUUUAAUUAAUUUUACAUGUGAUGGUGUUCAGUGAGUCCAUGAAACUUAUUAUUACAUCAUACUAUCAUGUAAGAUAUAAAUUGUCAUAUGAAUUAUAAUACCAUGCCCAGUUAAUAUAUUUUACUUCCUGAUUAAUAAUAAAUAUUUGUGAAUGUU